ACAAGAGUAGGAGUACUAGUUUAAAGCCAACCGAAGAGAGAGAGAGAGAGAGAGAGAGAGAGAGAGAGAGAGAGAGAGAGGGUGAGAGAGGGUGAGAGGGUGCUGUGAAGGUGAGAGGAUACAGGAUAGGGAAGCUGCUUGCGUCUGAAUCUCUUACGCUCUAGAACUCCUGCUCUUUCAUUGUCAGCCUUGGAGGUUGGAGCAAGCAGUCCUCCUCAAGUCUCUUCUGCUCAGUGGUGAAUGACCAAAGACAUCGGCAGCCUCAAGCCCUCAAGGCGCCAUGAGCACACAGAGCAUUAUCUCUGUGAAGCAAUUCGCUGGCCCUCACAGAAUGGCUCACACAUGCACUGCUCCCCAGCCUUCAGCUCAUAAUCUGCUCAGUGCUAAAUCAGAUAACUGUGGUUCAGCACAUGAUCCACAGUCAUCAUGGGCUGCUGUUCAAACCUCGAGCAUCAAGUCAGAGAUGGUUGGUUCGUUGAGUCUGACAAAGAUCCUUCCUUUUAACCUUGAGAAAUGCAGUCCUGGCUCCAAUCCUGAUAGUGCUGUUUCACACGUAUCGCAAGCCGAACUGUCGGAUCCAGUUUCAUCUAGUUCUUCCACAUUCUGCACAAGUAUGUUCUCCUCGUUUCAGACAAACUCCGAAUCGUGCCGGCAAAAAGGCGCUCUGCCUUUCCUGCCCCAUCCUCCUAAAUGUGAGCAGAAGCUGCAGCAACAGAUUUCAGCUGGGCAGUCAUCCAGCUCUUCUUCCCUUCUCUUUGGUGCUGACCUCAGAAGUGGUGGUCAUGAUGAUGCUGGUGAUCUCAAGGACUUUCUUAACCUUUCUGGAGACGUUUCAGAAGGUAGUUUCCAUGGAGAAAGCAGUGCCAUGGCUUUCAGUGAGCAGAUGGAGUUUCAGUUCUUGUCUGAACAGCUUGGAAUCGCCAUCACGAAUAACGAAGAGAGCCCUCGAUUAGAUGACAUAUACGACAGACCACUGCAAACCUCUUCUUGUCCAGUACCAUCUUACUCUGGCCAAGAAGACCUCCCGAGCGCAGUAUCUCCUGUUAAAGUUCAGCUGAGUUCAUCUCGACCUGAAGCAUGUAACAAAACAAGACUGAGAUGGACACUGGAGCUCCAUGAGCGUUUUGUAGAGGCUGUCAACAAGCUUGGAGGGCCAGAAAAGGCAACUCCAAAAGGUGCGCUGAAGCUUAUGAAGGUAGAAGGCUUGACCAUCUAUCAUGUGAAGAGCCAUUUGCAGAAAUAUCGUUUUGCCAAGUAUCUUCCAGAGACAAAAGAAGACAAGAAGUCAUCUUCAGAAGGCAAGAAAUCUCAAUCAGCAAUACCAGGAAAUGAUGCUGGCAAAAAGAGUUUACAAGUAGCAGAAGCUCUUCGGGUGCAAAUCGAGGUUCAGAAACAACUUCAUGAACAAUUAGAGGUGCAAAGGCAACUACAGCUGCGCAUAGAAGAACAUGCAAGAUAUUUGCAGAAGAUAUUAGAAGAACAACAAAAGGCAAGGAACUCCUUAUCAACUACGAGAAAUUCAGCACAAGAGGAACUGCCAGAAUCCACAGAGAAAGAGGAAACCGGCAUGAAAGUGGAAACCUCUUCAGAGCCACUGUCAAGGAGCAAAAUUUCAGAUACUGACGUGUAAUGUAACUCAGAAGUCACAAGUGGACAACAAAAGUGCAAAGGCUCAGGAUGAUCUUGAGAAGGAGACAAUUUGUUCAAAGCAGCGACGAACAUGGUGAUUGGUUGAAUGUUCGCUUCUUUUUCCUUGUAGAAUUUUAGCACUUGUGCCUAGAUGCUGAUCUCUCUUGUAUGUAUCUUAUGACCAUGACCAACUAGUACUGCAAUGAGUUCUAGCCACUGUAUAUGAUUAACUUUCAGAUCAAAAUGGAACAGAAAUUGUUCAUACAAAAA